AACCGUCUUCCUCUCCCCCUCGAGUUAGAGAGACAGAGAAACAGAGAGAUGAUUAGAUUUAGUGUAAAGAGGUUUUGCAGGAGCAACUCUAAGCUUAGCGCAGGCGGUGGUGGUGGUGGUGGUGGUGGUGACAACAGCACAGGAGGGUCCGGCAGGGGAUGUGGAGGUGGUGGUGAAAUAAAAUGGGAGCUCCGACCUGGAGGGAUGCUGGUUCAGAAGAGAGAAAAUGGGGAAAGUGAAGGUGAAGGAAUGAUCACGGUUAGAGUCUCAACUGGAUCUGAGUGGCAUGGUAUCUCCAUUGAAGCAACUUCAACUUUUGGGGAACUAAAGAUGAUUUUAUCAUUGGUGACCAACUUGGAACCAAGAGAGCAGAGGCUCUUGUUCAGAGGGAAGGAGAGAGAAGACAAUGAUUUCUUACACAUGGUUGGGGUUAGAGACAUGGAUAAGGUGCUGUUGUUGGAAGACCCAGCUAACAGAGAGAGGAAACUUCAUGCUUUGUCCCAAGACAAAGCCAUUGGGAAUCCUUGUCCAACCAUUAGCGUGUAAUCUGAUUAAUUAAUUGUUUUUCUACUAACCACGUAACGACGUUUAAUCAAUGUUUUGUAUCAACUAUGAGAACACCCACUUGUUACUAGCUUGUUA